AUGGCAGGCCUCAGGGAGGAACCCCCAUUGUGGGUGAAACCCUUUCUUCCCCCUCCUGACUCCUCCAUACCUAAACUCUUAGCUUUGAAAGGGCCUCCCACUCCGGUUCUGCCCGAGUCUCAGCCCGAUCUCCCUCUGCUCGACUAUGAUCGACCCCCUUCUUCUCAACCGGCUCCACCUCCCCCAUACCCACUCUCUCCUCCAGCCUCUUUGUCUGGAUCAAGCGCUCCUUCUCCCUCAGCACCCUCUUCACCUGAACCGGGCCCCUCUUCUCCUCUGGUAUCCGCGUCUCCUCUAUACCCCCUGCUUCCCACAAUGGCUUGCUCUGGGUCUACACCCCCAGGGCCCGCAGUUCCAGCUCAGAACCCCUGGAGCAAGCUACGAUCUGAAGACCCAGUUGUUACCCUUCCCCUUCGCCCUUACGGGCCCAUGGUAGACGACGGGACAGACGGGAGGCAAAUGCCUGCUUUACAGUACUGGCCUUUCUCUACCUCAGACCUCCAUAACUGGAAAAACAAUAAUCCUCCUUUCUCUGAUGAUCCCUCUAAGUUAACAGGUUUGACGGAUUCUAUCAUGUUCUCCCACCAACCUACAUGGGAUGAUUGCCAGCAGCUUCUAGGAGUCCUUUUCACCACCGAAGAGAGACGCAUCCUUCUUGAAGCUCGGAAAGCCGUUCCCAGAGAGAAUGGCAGACCCACCCAGAGACCAGACCUGAUUGAUGAUUUCUUCCCUUUGAAACGCCCCAAUUGGGACCCCAACUCACCUGACGGUAGGCAGCAUCUUUCUAUCUAUCGCCAGACUCUAAUGGCAGGUCUCUGGGUGGCUGCAAGGCGCCCCACUAAUUUGGCCAAGGUAAGAGAGGUUACCCAAGGGCCUACUGAGACUCCCUCAGUUUUUCUGGAACGCCUGAUGGAAGCUUACCAGCGGUACACGCCUUUUAACCCUGAAGAGGAAGGCCGACAGGGCUCAAUAGCCAUGGCCUUCAUAGGGCAAUCGGCACCUGAUAUAAGACGUAAGCUCCAAAGGCUAGAUGGUCUGCAAGACCUAACUCUGAGGGAUCUUGUUAAGGAAGCUGAAAAGGUCUAUUAUAAAUGGGAGACGGAGGAGGAAAAGGAGUUAGCUAGGGACAAAAGAUGAAACAAGGAAUUGGCUAAAAUGUUGGCUACAGUUAUUCAGGGAAAACCUGAGACAGGAAAGGGAAAGCCCACUCGCCCCCCAUUAGACCCAGACCAAUGUGCAUAUUGUAAGGAAAAAGGGCACCUGAUCAAAGACUGUGAGAAAUUAAAAAAGAAAUGAGCCAAUAAGGAACGGGAAAAACAGUCCUCACUGCGACCCCGAGCCCCCAUGCUCGCCUUAGAUGAAGAGGACUAGGGACUUCGGGGCUCGGACCCCCUCCCCGAGCUCAGGGUAAUGUUUAAAGUGGAGGGGACUCCCAUAGAAUUCGAGGUCGACAUGGGAGCUGUUUACUCGGCCCUUCAGGCCCCCUUAGGGGCCCUUUCAACUAAGAAAUCGCUAGUUCAAGGGGCUAACGGGAGCAAAUAUCGCUCGUGGACCACUGAGCGCACAGUUGACCUAGGCAAGGGAAAAGUAAAGCACUCCUUCCUGGUUAUUCCUGAAUGCCCUGCUCCCCUCCUGGGACGAGACUUAUUAACCAAACUAGGGGCAAAGAUCUCCUUUGAGCCCCAAGGACCUCAGGUGACAUUCCGUAACCCAAAGGUUGGGCAACCCAUAGUUACGGUGUUAUCUCUAAAGUUGGAAGAUGAAUAUAGGCUCUAUGCACCGAGACCCCAGCCCAUCGCCCCUGCUUGGCUAACUGAUUUUAAAGACUCCUGGGCCGAGAUGGCUGGACUCAGGCUGGCAAGCCAGCAACCGCCAGUAGUGGUCACUCUAAAAGCCACUGCCUCUCCCAUUCGAGUUAAACAAUAUCCUAUUAAUAGAGAAGCUCACCUGGGGAUCAAGGUACAUAUACAGAGACUGUUAGACCAAGGGGUAUUGACCCCUUGCCGGUCUGCAUGGAAUACUCCAUUGCUCCCUGUCAGAAAGCCUGGGACAAAUGACUACAGACCAGUACAGGACCUGAGAGAGGUCAACAGCCGGGUGGAAGACAUUCACCCCACCGUACCCAAUCCUUAUAAUCUCCUCAGUGGUUUAAAUCCAUCAAAGACUUGGUAUACUGUUCUGGACUUAAAGGAUGCCUUUUUCUGUUUGCCCUUACAUAAAGGUAGCCAGCCCUUGUUUGCAUUUGAAUGGAUGGACCCUGAAACUGGGUCCACCAGACAGUUGACCUGGACGCGCCUCCCACAAAGCUUCAAAAAUAGCCCAACCAUCUUUGAUGAAGCUCUACACAAGGACCUAGCCCCCUUCCGAGCCCAGCACCCGAACCUCACCCUCCUCCAAUAUGUAGAUGACUUGCUGCUGGCCACAGACUCUGAGGGUGAUUGCACCAGUGGAACCCAGGACCUUUUACGUGAGUUGGCCGUCUUGGGGUAUAGGGCAUCAGUGAAAAAGGCUCAAAUUUGCAGACGAGAGGCCAUCGCAGCGGCGGCCUUGCUUAUUAAAGAUGCUGAUAAAUUGACUUUGGGACAAAAAGUAACAAUCAUUGCCCCGCAUACACUAGAAAGUAUCAUCCGCCAACCUCCAGACAGAUGGCUCUCAAAUGCCAGAGUCACUCAUUAUCAGAGUCUCUUACUCAAUAAAGACAAAAUAACUUUCGGACCCCCUGUGACUCUCAACCCGGCAACCCUGCUGCCGGAAGAAACUUCGGAACCCAUCCUCCAUACCUGCCAGGACAUCUUGGCAGAAGAGGCCGGAGUACGGCCGGACUUACUGGAUUGCCCCCUGUCCGAUGCGGAGGUGACUUACUUCACUGACGGGAGUAGCUUCCUGAUUCAAGGUAAGCGGUAUGCGGGGGCAGCUGUCACCGAUCAUUCCAAUGUUAUUUGGACAGCCAGGCUGGAGGACGGGUCUUCGGCCCAAAAGGCCAAGCUGAUCGCUUUGACUAAGGCUCUGGAGCUCGCCAAAGGAAAGCGAGGAAACAUCUACACAGACAGUUGA